UGUCGAUAUUAAUGGCCCCACUGUCUUGGAAAAGCAAUGUUCCACUUGCUUUCAACGCUUGGAUACCUUACAGCUUAGAAUCCAAAAUUACAUAUUUUUUUACAUAUUUUCAUCAAAUAGUAUGUAUCAUGAUGGCAGCUUGUAUUACAGCCUCAGUUGAAAGUUUAGCGAUGGUGAUAAUGCUACACAUUUGCGCACAACUAGAAAUCAUCGUUCAUCGCCUGAAGUCACUUCCAAGAUUACAGGAAAAAAGUAAUUCUCAAUCCAUAAUAUAUGAGCUUGAGUCGAAGCUCAUAAAAGAUUGUGUAAAUCAUCAUAUUCACACAUACACGCUCGGAGAAAAUUUGAACGAGACAUUUGGCCCUGUUAUUUUCGUACAAUUUUUUGUAUCAGUGAUAGCCUUAGGGGCGGUUAUCUAUCCAAUGUCCAAAUUGAGUACGAGUCUUUAUGAUCUAAACACCUGGAGACUAAUAUUCACCUUCGCAUCUACUAUAUCUCAGAUAUUCCUCUACUGUUUUUAUGGCGAUAAAAUGAUGGAGAAGAGCAUGGCUAUCGCAGAAGAAGUUUACCAGAUAGAUUGGAUCGAAACAACAAUUAAAACAAAAAAAAACCUUACUUCAAUUAUGAUGCGUGCUGAAAAACCUAUAAAGUUGACUGGCUUAUCAAUUAUCAUUAUGACAAUAGAAACUUUUUUUAAAAUAAUUAAGUCUGCUUAUUCUGCUUACAAUGUAUUGAAGAAAACUUAACAAAUUCAAGAGGAGGAGACAGAGACAAAUAAGAAAAGAAAGAUUUGUUGCUUUAAAUUAAGAUUCCGUUGCUCAUGUAUGAGAAUAAAUAUAAUUAAUGCUUCACAC